ACUUAGGCUGCUCAAACCACUUUAUCCUCUCUAAAAAAAAAAAAAUCUAUUUCUGUAUAACCAUUAAACAAAAGAUUUGGCCGGACGUUGAAACCUUUUGGUACUAAUAUCUUAAAGCUCAAAUGGAUUACAAGGUAUCAAGAAUUGGGGAGAUAGUAAAAGGAGAAGAAGUAGAAGAUUCAGAGAAAAUUGAUUUGCCACCUGGUUUCAGAUUCCACCCAACAGAUGAAGAACUCAUAACUCACUAUCUAAGACCGAAGGUUCUAAACUCCUUCUUCUCUGCUUUAGCCAUUGGUGAAGUUGAUCUCAACAAGGUCGAGCCAUGGGACUUGCCUUGGAAGGCCAAGAUUGGGGAGAAAGAGUGGUAUUUCUUCUGCGUCAAUGACCGAAAAUACCCGACCGGUUUAAGGACGAACCGGGCUACCAAAGCUGGUUAUUGGAAAGCUACUGGCAAAGAUAAAGAGAUUUUCAAAGGGAAAUCUCUUGUGGGUAUGAAGAAAACUUUGGUUUUCUAUAAAGGAAGAGCUCCUAAAGGAGUUAAAACCAAUUGGGUCAUGCAUGAGUAUCGAUUAGAAGGCGAACAUGCCAUCAAUAAUCUCCCUAAAACCGCUAAGAACGAAUGUGUUAUUAGUCGGGUGUUUCAGAAGCGGGCAGAUGGUACAAAGGUGCAUAUAUCCGGUUUAAGGAUGUUCGGUUCAGGGGUUAACAAAUUUGAACCGGUCGGUUUACCUCGGUUGAUGGAUUCUUCUCCAUAUGUAAAGAGCCGAGGACGAGACUCUUUGGCUGGAACCGCCGUUGGUUGUUUGUUUUCUCACGUGACCUGUUUCUCCGACCAAAAUUAUGAUGACAAGAGUCUUGUGGACGAGCUUAAAGACAACUCUAAAGCUACCAGGUUUGGUUCUACAUCGACUAACUUGAUGCCAAAUAUUGUUUCUACGUUAGACUACGAUCAUCUUUCUCUGCAAGACGAUUCUUCCAUACUGAAGAUGUUGCUUGACAGUGAAGAAACUCAAUUUAAGAAGAAUCUUGAGAAUUCCGGUUCAUUGGAGAGCGAAUUAACUGCGAGUUCUUGGCAUCGUCACAGUCCUUCUUGUUCAACUGGUCCGGUGAAUCUUGAUAACGUUUGGAAUUUCUGAAUUUGGAAAUUGGAACAUCGAAAAUUGGAGUAUGGGGAAAAAAAACAUUAGGGUGGGGUAUAUAGGGUUUAACAGUAUAUGGUAUGUGUUUGCUUUAGAUUCUAGUGUCUUAAAGACUCUUGUAACAUUUUGUAAAAAGUAACAUUGGAGUGAAACUACUCUCUUACUAUAUGGAAUCCAUUGCUUGUGUC